AUGGACGUGAUCAAGUCGCAGCAAAUUUUAUCACGACCGAUCGAGAAGGUGGUGGUGCAUCCGCUGGUUUUGCUCAGCGUCGUCGACCAUUACAACCGUGUGGCACGCGACUCCAAGAAGCGCGUGAUCGGGGUUCUCCUCGGCACUUCGUUUAGAGGCGUCGUUGACGUCACCAACAGCUAUGCUGUGCCUUUUGAAGAAGAGGACAAGGACCCAAGCAUCUGGUUUCUUGACCACAACUACCAUGAAUCAAUGUUUUCCAUGUUCAGAAGAAUCAAUGCCAAGGAGCAUGUUGUUGGUUGGUACAGCACUGGUCCAAAACUUCGGGAGAAUGACCUAAAUAUUCACGGACGUUUUAGCGACUAUGUUCCCACUCCUGUAUUGGUCAUUAUUGAUGUCCAGCCAAAAGAGCUCGGAAUACCUACUAAAGCAUAUUAUGCUGUUGAGGAGGUGAAAGAGAAUGCGACUCAGAAAAGCCAGAAGGUGUUUAAUCACGUUCUUUCAGAAAUUGCUGCACAUGAAGUUGAAGAAAUUGGAGUUGAACACUUGUUAAGGGAUGUGAAAGAUACGACUGUCAGUACGCUUGCAACAGAGGUGACUGGGAAACUUACUGCUUUGAAGGGGUUGGAUGCUCGAUUGAAAGAGAUAUGCAGUUAUCUUGACCUUGUUAUAGAAGGGAGGCUCCCGUUAAAUCAUGAGAUUCUCUAUCAUCUACAGACGCCACAAACAAUUUGGAGUUACCUCACCUCUAACCUCCCAACAUCCCCUCUUCUGGAUUCAGAUAGCCUGCGUAGAAGUUCAUUCUUGCAGCAUCGCAUCUCUACGCUCAAAAAUUUUAAGCGAACUUAUUGA